AUGACUCUUGCGGCUGCGGCUGCAGCUGCGGCUACUGCUACUGCUAAUCAUAAUAAUCAUAAUACUACAACUACAAGAACUACAACAACUACAUCUAUUAGUAAUACGGGAGUGGAGAGGCCAUCCUCAUCUCUCUCUCUCACUCACUCUCACUGUUAUGGGGAGUCCCCGCCCACGGCAGCGGAUCGUCGUGUUUUGUCUGAUCUCCCGCCUGAGGGGCACGCCGCGUGUGUGUCCUCCGCCGCCCGCCGGCGGUUUGAGCCGCAGGAGUUGCAGCGCCUGCACGCCGACGCGGCCCGCGAGUAUCGACUCCGCAAGAAUGCCGGCGAGCGGCGGGAGGUCGAGCGCCACGAGGAACUCGCGCGGGCCGAAAUCGUCGAUGCCGCCGCCGCCCAAUACGCCGCCAUCACCGCGUGGGCAGACGAGGAGGGCCGCGAGCGGGACGUCCCACCGGGCGGAUGGCCACUGCGGCAAUUAGAGGACCGACUCGCACGGAGAGUACGCGAGCAACGAGAACGAAAUGAACAAAAAGAACGGGAGGAGGGCCGAGCCGCGUGGCGGGCCGCCGUCGCCGCCGCAGAAGAGGCCGCCGCACACGCACGUGCCGUAGAGGCGUGGCGCCGCGAGAAUGAACGGGCCUUGCGGGCGGCCAUUGUGUUUCUCAUUAGUACAGAAACCCGCUGGCGCCGCGAGGAGGCAGACGGGGAGGCCACUGCGUGGGAGACACUUCUCGCACAAGAGCGGGAUGGCCGCGCCGAGGCGGAGCGCAUCGCCUAUGAGAACUUCAUGAAUAGUCCUGAACAGAUUGCAUUGCGACAGGAACGGGAACGGAAAGAGGCAGCAGCACGGCGAUUGGCAGCGCGGCAGAUGCGUCGCUUUAAUAAAGAACAGGAGAGUUUCGUAAAGUCCUGUAGACAUGGGCGAGGUAAUACAUCUAUGUUUGAAGGACCAACGGCAAAGAAAUUGUGUGUCUCAUGCGGUGUCAAGUUUGAUGAAAAUCUGGGAUACUAUGUCCGACUACGCGGCCCCACCAUUCCCCCACCGGCACCAUUAAAUGGAACAGAACAACAACAACCACAACCGCAACAACAACAACAACAACAACAACAACAACAAAAGUCUGGUUCAGUGCGGCCACGGCAAAGCACUGUUACCACAUUACCCCCAAUCACUCAGAAAAAACAACAACAGGGUGGGAUGAAAAAUAGUAGAGAUAUGUCUAAAGGGUCCCUUCGAACAAAGGGAACAAAUGGAAUUAGAACUACAUAG